AUGCAUCGAAUACGACCGCGACUUGACGCCUUCCGCACACCACCUCGCGUAGCUCAAUACACAUACCAACCUCUCCGCACCCACCCACAAACACGCGCCUACCAACAACUUCCCUUCGGUCGAGGCAACGGCCCCCAAUACAAACGCUUCAGCGCCCAAUCAGGUGGCCUGUCCGGUCUCCUCUUCCGCUGGGCCCAACGUCCAACAUUCUACCGCGAUGUUGGCUUAAUUAGCGCAGGCACCGGCGGCGUCUACCUAUACAACCUCGAACAAGUGCCCGUAUCCGGUCGCCGCCGUUUCAACAUCAUCUCACCUGGCAUCGAAGAAGCGCUCGGGCAACAAACCGUGGAACAAGUCCGGCAAGAAUAUCAAGGCAGGAUAUUACCGGAUGGCGACGCGAGGGUGAGGCAGGUGAAGAGGGUUUUGGAGCGGUUGUUGCCGUAUGCGGAAGGUGAAGGGCUGAAAGAUCUAAACUGGGAGGUUACUGUUAUUGAGUCUCCAGAACAAAACGCUUUUGUUGCGCCUGGGGGGAAGGUGUUUGUAUUUACGGGGAUAUUGCCGUUGUGUCGGGAUGAGGAUGGAAUUGCGGCGGUGUUGGGUCAUGAGAUUGCGCACGUGGUUGCGCAUCAUACUGCUGAACGCAUGUCUCAGGCUCCCCUAAUCCUCCUUGGCGCCCUUGCCCUCUCCAUGUUCGAUGUAUCCUUUUACUCGGGCAAAAUGCUCCUCGAUCUCUUCCUCUCUAUGCCUGCGUCGCGUAAACACGAAGCUGAAGCAGAUUACAUUGGUCUCCUCAUGAUGGCACAAGGCUGCUACCGACCAGAAGCCGCAAUGCAGUUUUGGACGCGCAUGGAGAAGGUGGGUGGGGCGGGCCCGCCACAAAUACUGAGUACGCAUCCGAGUCACCAUAAUAGAGAGGAAAAGAUUAGGGAGUGGCUACCCCAGGCAAUGGAGAAGGCUGAAGCGAGUGAAUGUGGUGUUACGAGUGCAUAUGCUACUCAGUUCAGUUCUGCUUUUGACAGCUUCGGACGUUGGUGA